AAAGAUUAGAAAAAAGAGACGAAAAAAAAUGCAAGCUUUAAAUGCGAGUUGGUUGAUUUGGUUUCCUUCUCUCUUCUCUCCUUAUUAAACAAAGUAAAGGGACUCAAAGGAUACCUAUCCCUUAUUAAUGUUUAUAUAUAACUUGUUUUCUUUAACUUAAGAGUUAAGGAUCAACUCAACGACGCCCAGCUACAAAAUAUUUAUUUUUGGUUUAGUUCUUGACUCAAACCAUGGAUUUUAUAGGGCACCCUUUUCGUUUUUCUUCACCUUCUUCACCUUCGUUUGGGAAUUUCAUCGAAAGGGUUAAGGAAUUUUUCACCUUUGCUGUUUCUGCAAUCCUUGGAAACAUCUUUUCUGCGAUCUUCACCUUCUUUUUUGCUUUAGUUGGGACCUUAUUAGGAGCCAUGACUGGGGCCUUGAUAGGACAAGAGACAGAGAGUGGAUUUGUUAGAGGGGCUGCUGUUGGAGCAAUCUCUGGGGCUGUAUUCUCAAUUGAGGUGUUUGAAUCUUCUCUUGUUCUAUGGCAAUCAGACGAAUCUGGAAUUGGGUGUCUCCUAUACUUGAUUGAUGUCAUUGCAAGCCUUCUUAGUGGUAGAUUAGUUCGCGAGAGGAUUGGUCCAGCCAUGUUAAGUGCAGUUCAAAGCCAGAUGGGUGCUGUUGAAACUGGGUUCGAUGAGGUGACCAACAUCUUUGACACUGGAGGUGCCAAAGGAUUGCCUUGUGAUUCAGUUGAAAAGAUCCCAAAGAUCACAAUUACUAGCAACAACAAUGUAGAUGGCUCUGGGGAAAGAGUUUGUUGUUCUGUUUGCCUUCAGGACUUUCAGAUUGGAGAGACAGUUAGAAGCUUGCCUCAAUGCAAUCACAUGUUUCACCUACCCUGUAUAGAUAAGUGGCUCUUAAGGCAUGGUUCUUGCCCAUUGUGCAGAAGGGAUUUGUAAUUUAAGUUUUGUGUAGAUUAAAGGAAAAGAAGAAGAAGAAGAAAAAGAAAAUAUAUUUUUUGUUUACUUUUCUUAUACAUAAUAAUCUUAGGGCUUUUAUUAAUGUAUAAUUUUAAUGCUGGUUGGUACAUGGCUUCCCCUGUAGAUCCCCUCAUGUUCCAUCUUGAGUUUGAUGUAUAAAAAUUUUGGGCUGUGAGUUUUAAUUAAUUGAUCUUGUGGAUAUAAAAAAUAUAUUAAACAA